CUCUAACUAAGAGAACCCAGCAAAAGGCGGGCCUACUCAUCCAAGACAUGCAGGCUGGGCUGGCCCACUCGUCCAUCUCCCAUUUCGUCGUCGGAGGGGGCCUCACCCUCCCCCUCAUUCUCACCUUACCUCACAGGCGGCCACCUUCCCCGCUGGCCUUGGCCGUGGCCGUGGCCGUAGCCUAAGGUUGCAUUGGAUCAGGCUGUUCGACUAGCGCCGGUCAUACCGAGACAUGUUCAGCUGUGUUGGUUCGGGUGGGUUCCGGCUCGAGGUUAGGAAGUCGGAGCAAUGCGCAGAGAGUCCUUUCCUUUCCUUCCAUUUCGUCCCACACCAGCUACGAUGAAGAUCAUGAAUCCGAUGAUUGUCGUUUGCAUUGCAUUCAGCUAUUUCUUCUUGCUGGAGCAACAAUUUCUAUGGACUUAGAGUUAUCCAUGCGUGUUUCGCUGCAAUGGCCAGCCCCGCUGGAGAAUUUAUGCUCUACCAGGGCGGAAGCAGUAGCAGUCGUUGAGCUCAGGACCGCUGCUCUGCUCCGCCGACGUGCUUGGGUCUGUCUCAGACGGUUUCGGAAGUUUCUCUUCGAAGCUUGGAGCUAAAAGAAGAAAUUUUGUCAUCGGCUACUUAAGCUCUUUAACUUCCUUCCUUUAUAUAUGUUUGUUUAUUACUAAUAUUGUUGAAGUAUUGCAAUUAUUGUUGGAAUCUUCUAGUGCUUACGUUUUCUUGGAAAUGAAUCACUUUGCUUAUGAGGUAUAAGGUGAGGAUGUCCAUCGGUGAUCUCUCAUUGAGUUGUUUAGCAUCUCUCGCAUGGAUAUCUCUGUUUAUAGUUGGUGCCACUCAAAACGUUCGAUGUGUCAAGUUAGAACUGAUUGUGGCGUGCAGUAUGAACGGUUUGAACCUGCACUGCCUAGGACCGCAGUGCAAAAGUAUGUCUGGACGACAUAAAUUGGGCUUUCCGGCUGAGUCCCGCUCUGGUCUUGUCGCAAUGAUAAAAGUGAUUCUUUACAGCAGUUUGAUUCUAAAUCAGAGCAUGCACCAUGAAAGCAGGAGAGCGAAAAAUAACUAAAUAACAGCGGUACAUUUGAGAUAGUACCUUCCUCAUACAUUGGAAUGGCAUCAUUUGGCCUGGAAUUUAUUGAUGCCUCCAUGGAAUGGUUUGAAUUUAGUCGCAUCUGAUGUCAAAUGCAGUGCCUGAGAUGAAGUGCUUUUGCUGUGAUGCAGAUGAAACCCUGUAUUCUAGUUUGCUGUACCUUUCUUUUUUUCUGCAAUUUCACUAGAUCCCUGGCUUUUAAGACUUGUAAUUAGCAUUGCAUAUUUUGCCAACUAGCAACUUUAUUCAGCUGCCUCUGUCGAAACCCUCUUGUUAUUUCUCCUCUUCCCCCCUAGAGUUCACUCAAGCAAAAUGCUAGGUGGUUUGAUCAUCUUUUUGCUAGCGGUUAACGCCAUGCAGUGCUUGCUAUACAUUAGAUUUCUUAUGAUUGUUAAAAUAUUCUAAUUUUGAGAUUUCUUCAGUUCCAUGGUUCUUCAAUUAAGGAUUUAUGAUACUUUGUCUCAAAUGGUGCAUCUCUUGAUACAAUACUACUUCUCUAUGUAAUUCGACUCUAUGAACAGGACUAGUGACUGGAUAUUGCUAUUGCAGGAUAUGCAAUGUGGGAUAAUAAUCAUAUUUAUGCCAUGUUAUUGCUAUAAUACCGGAUAAUAAUUUUUGGAUUGUAGGCACACCUUUUAUUUUCACUUUGUUCUACUUGUCAUUGAUAAUUGCGUUGUCCACCUUUGUCCAUGUUAGUGGAGGAUGGAUGCUGCAGUAGAACACUGGAUGAAACUGAGAUCUAUUCCUAUCAUCAGGUAAUAUGAAAUUAUGCGCCACACUGUAUGAGUCGGUUCAAGAAUGAAGAACUGGGACAGUCUGUCGAUCCUAUUCUCUAUUAAAAUUAGGCUUGGUGAUAAUAAAGAAAAAUCAAGAAGGGCAAUCAUACCAAUGAGUUAGGGUAGGUUGAAAUGCUGUUAGUUUAUGCAACAGUGGUGGCUGCGUAACUAGUAGAAAAGGGACCUAGCUUACUUUUAUAUUCAGUGUUUUCGUAGUGGGACCAUUCUAUGAGGUAAAGUAUGCCUUGAUAUUUACUGCAGGCAAGUCCUUGUCUGUAUGCUGGUAGCAUGUAAUCUACCUUGCUGCAGAUGCACUUUUAGGCUGUGUUUGAUAAAUUAAGUGCUUAAAAAUUAAGCACUGAAGUAGUUGAAGAAGGAAAACUAUGGGAAGAAGGAAGGAAUGAUAAGACUGAGAAAAUGUUUUGUGAGGGGAAGACAGCACUAAUAAGUGAAAAAUGACUUAUUUCAUUAAGUCAAAUCAAAUUUUUUUGCUUACUCAUUAAGUAGUUUUUGACUCAAUGAAUAAGUAGAUGAGACUAUUAUCUUUCGUCUUUCUCUUUUUUUUUGGUUGGAUUCUUUCAUCGUUCUCUUUCUCUCCUAUUCAUUUUCCCAUAUAACUAACUUUUAAGCACUUAUUUAAUUAAUUUGUAAUCAAACACAACCUUAGAGUAACUAAAAUUUCCAAAUUCUCCUUGGUGAGUUGGGUAUGGUUUUACGAUCUCAAAGGAACUUACAAUACAGAAAUUAAAAUUUGCUCCAGUUCUCUUGUUUACAUCAAAAUAGGCUUAUACAUCUGAUUAAAUAAUGGUGCCGGCAACUAAAAUUGCCUGAAGUCACUUCAGCAUGGUGGAUUAAGUUUUUGGGACCAGAAAUAAAUAACGAAGAAGCUAAAGAAUGUGCUUUUGGCUUUUAAAACUGCCUCUUCAAACCUACAGACCAUUCAGUUUGCAUAACGAGGAAGGGAAUGAUGCUUAUGCAGAGGCUGUUCAUUCUUUGAUUACCAUUUUCCAGAAUUCUGGUAUUUGCAGUCGUUAACUCAAAUACCAGUAUAUCAUUUUUAUUGAUUUUUGUCGCUCCUAUCUGUAUUAUUCCUCUAUUGUUUUCAUGCGUCCUGGAAAGGCUGGUGUGAUAUUAGUGGGGAAUGAAAGCUGAAUGCGUGCCCGUUUUAUACAGGUCUGUGAACCACUGGGCCUCUUUGCUAUGCUGGAAUGGAAAGGCGACCAAUUUCCGUGGCACUAAUAUUUUUAUUUUAAUCUUGAAUAUUUUAUUUUUAUGUUGUUUUGCAGUAUUAGUAUUAUUAUGUAAUUUCUUUCCAUCCCCUUCUUGCAUCGUAUCAAAUAGACAGUAAAGACACUAACCAAUCUUGGAUUUCCUUGACCCAAAAUUGCCCUCAAGGAGUAAGGAUUCCGUCGAUGUCAUCGAUGGCAACACUAUAAAUGCUCCUUUUUUUUUCUUUUUUUUAAAAUUUGGUAUUAGUCACUAAAGGAAAAGAAACCUAGUGUCAUUUUGGUGCUUUCUUGGUUGGUAUUUAUUUGAAAUUUGAUGCUUGCAUCCAUACCUAGAGCUUUAUGCGCCGCCUCCCUUUCCCGCACUCCCCUCAUUGUGCCAGAGACAAACUUUGUUGUCCUGUUCAUUCGAGUAUAUCUUCAUCAAAAUUUCCUUCAAUCAAUUUCUAUUUACUGUACUGUGGAUUGUCUCACUGCGUGUAUGAUCAUAACCCUUGUUGAUGAGUUACAGUUGAAAAAAUCAUGACUGAGGCACUCCUAUUUUUGUGAAAUCCAAAUUGUUGCUUAUUUUCUUUUAAUCUUCUAGUUUUAUUGUACCCCUCAAGGCAUAUUGGAGAUAAGAACAUUGCAGAAAAUUGCAAGUGUUUUUGCAUUGUUGAAUUGAAAUAGUAGAUGACAGGUGAUCUAUCUUUGCAGAAGCAGAACUUCCCAACAUUGUUGUUGUUAUCUAUCAAAAAACUGUGGAUUUUUUCUCAAAAUCAUCAAAACAGAUAAAGAUAGCCUGCUUGCGGGGUGAUUAGUUGGCAUAAAUCCCCCAUUGCAUGAAAAUGGCUUCCAGUCGAAGAAGUUUCAAGCGUAUGAAAAUAUCAGCAUGUCCAGAAACAGCUGAUUUAUCUCCGAAAGAUCAGCUUAGCAGGUUACCUGAUGGUAUUCUGCUUGAUAUCCUAGACAGACUUCCUUUGAGGGAGGCUAUAGCUACUUCAUUUAUUGCGAGAAGGUGGCGGUAUUUGUGGAGGUUUAUGGGUAAAGUGGAUUUUACUUACCACUGGUUGGAAGAAACUGGAAAAGAAAUCAUUCCCUCUGUGAACAGUUUCAUCUGGAGAUACAAGGGAAAGAAAAUCGAGCAUUUCGGUAUAUCUUUUAGGUAUAGCAGAAGCAAGAAACACCAGGUCAGGUCUUGGGUCUAUUUUGCACUUAGAAACAAGGUCGAGGAGCUUGAUCUCAACUUUAAUGAUCUAGAGGACCAGAGGAAAACUCGUAAAUGGAAAUAUCACCUUUUCCAGUUGCCCAAGGGUCUCUUCUGCAGCUCCUCAUUGAGUAAACUGUCGCUCUCCUUCCUAAGACUUGAAUUGCCUCCUAGAAUCCAACUCAAGAACCUGAAAGAACUUUACUUCGACCGAGUAAUACUACAAGAUGAUGCUGUCAGUAAAAUUACUGCACUCUGUCCAGUGCUAGAACUUCUGUCCUUGUUUAACUGUAACAUGGACUGUAGCCUGGUUGUCAAGGUUCCUCCAAGACCAGCUCGACUGAAGCUAAUAAUUCUGGAUGAGUUCCUGAUGGUUGACUACAAAAAAGAUCUUGUGAUCGAUGCUCCUGGGUUGUCAGCAAUAGAGUUAUGUUCCGGAUUGACAAGGAAAAGAUUCUUCAUAGACAAUCUGCCUGAUGGAGUUGAAGCUCGACUCAACUUUGAUGACAUGCUAUAUGGUGGACGAGUGAUACUCGUCAAUCGUCCUGGCCUGCGUGGCCGCCAACAAUACAGCAAAAGUUUACUUUUCUUUCUCUAUAAAUUUCGUGCUACCUGCCAUUUGCAUCUGUGCAGUUGGUGCAUCCAGCUCUUGGCAGUGCAGAAGCUCAUGGGUCUGGAGGAACGGCUCUCAUUCGAUUCAACUACCCUCACACUCGAUACAGGAUUGUUAAUGUGGGAACUCCCGGGAAUUGCUUACCUCCUGGAUUCCUGUCCAGUUCUUGAAAAGCUCAAGAUUAAUAUGGUUGGCCAAGCUCUGCUAAAAUACAAUGACAGUUUUAAGAGGUGCCACAAUUUCGUUGAAGAGGGAUAUUGGGUUGGCCAAGGCAUGGAAAAUCUUGCAGGGCUGCGGAAUCUGCGGGUCGUCGAGUUCAACAACACUCAUGGAGCCUAUCAAACUUGGGAUGAUGGCAGUUUCAACCUGCGAGGAUUCUUCACCAGUUAUGUGAAUGGGGUGCACUUGCUGAGGUUCUUAGAGAGGAAAGCUCCAAAGCUGGAGAAGGUAAUCUUCAGGACCAACAAGAAACAAGUGCAAGUCGAGAAGGAUGCUUUGAGUGUUCCGCAAGUAUAGAUAGGUUGCUGUUAAGAGGCUCGAGCAUCUCUCCUGGGAUUUUCAUAGUGUUGGAGUAUUAAACCAGCAAGCAUGUCCUUAGUUCAUAUAAGUUUUUAUAGGAAGGGUGUUCAAAAACCGAGUCGAUCGGAUAGUUUAUCGGUCUAUAUUCCUGCAGGGUUUGCAGGGACUCUAUUCUGCUUGACAUGAAUUUGCAGAGACUUGUUUUGGUAUAAUUGCAUCAUCUUUAUUUCUUGUGUUCGAA